AGCAGCUCUCUGAAUUCCAAGCUGCGAUUUUUUCACUUUCUCCAUUGUUAGGAUUCUGAAAAUUUGCUGGGUUUAAUUGGGUUUGGUGAAUUUGAAGCUCUGAGCUUACCAUCGAAAGAUGGAAGCUCCAUAUUACCAAUCACGCAAUCGCUUUGUCUGCCGCAGUUUAUGUCAGAUGUUGCAUUUUAUUUGUACACUCUGUAUGUCUUAUCUAUUCUUUGAUUAAAUCAGGUGGGCAGAGGGCACAGUGUUGCUGAGCUUCAGUGAAAACUUAUAAUGGUAAUUUGGGGGAACACGAUCGCAUGUGGUUGUAUUGGGUUCUCUGAUUUGUGAAGCAUUUCCGACAAAUUUCUGGACUUUCUACUGCUCUGUGAUGUAGUUUUCUUCUGCAUGAGCAAUUGAAACUAUUCCUACAAAGUUACGAACAAAUCAAUCAUGCAGACAGCUUCAUAUCUCCAUACAUUCUCUUAUUGCUCUUACAGAAGAAGCUCUGUAAAAGCAGAUGGGUGGAAUAAAUUACAAAUCCCGAAUUCAAGUCAGCUUCCUGAGAAAGUUGGGCUCAUUGGCAAGCCUCAGACAUGUAAGCUUCUUAGGCCUUUGAAAACCAGAUUAUGUGCUGUUCCCAGCACAGAUGACGGACACCCUUCAGUCUCUGCGUUGGAAGAUUCCAAUACGAAUCAUGCGCCUACGUCGGAGGGGAAGACAUUGUUCAGCAAAUGGUCACCUCCUAGGUAUUUGUGGAGGGGAUUUUCAGCUCUUAUUCUGGCAGGUCAGGUCAUCAUUAGAACUUUAAAGGGUAAAGUGCACUGGAAAAAUACACUCCAACAGUUGAAAAGAGUUGGGCCGAAUUCAGUUGGGGUCUGCCUUUUAACUGCAGCAUUUGUUGGGAUGGCCUUCACCAUCCAAUUCGUUAGGGAAUUUACUAGAUUAGGAUUAAGCAGAGCUGUUGGUGGGGUAUUGGCCCUGGCUUUUGCAAGGGAGUUGAGUCCUGUAGUUACAUCAAUUGUGGUUGCAGGGCGUAUUGGAAGUGCAUUUGCUGCAGAGUUAGGAACAAUGCAGGUUUCUGAGCAAACUGAUACAUUGAGAGUUCUUGGAUCAAACCCUGUUGAUUAUCUCGUGACACCAAGAGUGAUUGCGACCUGUACUGCUCUACCUUUUCUGACACUGAUGUGUUUCACAGUAGGAAUGGCAUCCAGCGCCCUCCUUGCUGAUGGUAUUUAUGGCGUUAGCAUUAACAUUAUUUUGGAGUCAGCUAGGAAAGCUCUUAAACCUUGGGAUAUAAUUAGUGCAAUGAUCAAGUCACAGGCUUUUGGUGCUAUCAUAUCAAUUGUUAGCUGUGCUUGGGGAGUUACCACCAUGGGAGGAGCCAAAGGUGUUGGGGAGUCAACUACUUCGGCUGUGGUUAUCUCUUUAGUUGGGAUCUUUAUUGCAGAUUUUGUACUCUCUUACUUUUUCUUCCAAGGAGUUGGAGAUUCACUGAAAAAUAUAUAGUGGUUGUUGAUAGAGUAUCUUGUGCUGGGUUUCCCCAUGAUUGUUAGUUCUAUGGGUGGAACAAGAUAAGCAUGUAAUGACUGAUGAAGUUGAUAAAUGUAUGUGAACUUGAUUGAGUUACGGUAUCGUAUUCAUCCUUUGGAGUC